AUGGGAGGCUUCUCAGGAGACUUCACGGCAACGUGCGCCUUCGGCGCUGUGUCUUCGGACAGCUCAGGCUGCAGUCCAGCAGGCUGCCCAGGCGGUGGAGUGGUCAUUGUCGUUGUCGGAUCCGAAUCCUCGGUGUCCAACGUGACGCAGGACAUGCAAAGUUCCGAAUCCUACGGCAUGAACUGCUCGGACUUCUCCUCGAGCUACAUGGGCUCCAUCAGUGUGACCUGCGAAGCCGGCGUUAUCAAGGCUGAUGCUACCACUUGUACACCCGUGGUCGUUGCCGGCACCGUGACGCAGGAAGUGACGGUUGUCGAGAGUGCGGUGGCUUUCGCACUGCCCGCCAUGGAGGGUGUUUCCAAGGAUGAGCUGCAGGCCGCCAUGGAGACGCCGGCCACGAAGCAGGCCUACGCGAAGACGCUGCAAUCCUCUCUGGGAGUGGAGAACCUGGAGGACAUCAUCAUCCUGCUCAUCCAGGUUCUGGAGUCCGUGUCUGGCGGACGUCGUCUCCAAAGUGGCGGUGCCUUCGAAGUGAACGUCGAAUUCCAGCUUCGCACGCUGGAAGCCGAUGCUGAUGCCACAGUGGGCUUGACCGAUAAGAUCGAGAAGUUGGGUGACCCUACAUCAUCCGAGCAGCAGGCUUUUGCCUCGAGUUUGGGCCCGAACCUACAGGAGGCUGCUGCUGCCGACCCCAGCGCUGCAGCCCUCACUCAGGCAGCCCAGGCCGUGGAGGACAAUGGAGUGCAGGUGAAGUACACCAAGAAGCCGGCCGUCAGUGUCUCCGUCAUCGUCGUGGAGGCCAACAUCACCAGCAAUGCCACGGAUUUCCUGUCUCCGGAGGUAGAAGACGAGAUCGACACCAUGGGAUUGGCAACCGCUGUUGUUGGAGGUAUUCUGGCAGCAGGCUUCUGUGCCUUCUUGGCCGGCUUAUGCUUCGCCUACCGGGUGGUUGGCUACUGGGAGAAGAAGAAGCAGAAGGAUCUUCUGCAAGACGAGAGCGAGUCCAAUCAUGUUGCCAACAUGCCGGGCGGGUUCGAUGACGAGGAUGAGAUUGGCGAGGCUGAGACCUCAAUGCCUCGGAUGCCUCCACCAAGCACUCAGCCAUCGCGCAUGUCCUGGGAUGACGAUGAUGGCAUCGCAGAUAGCCACGAGCCCCCGGAGGUGCAAGUGGAGCAGUCACCGCCUACCCCCAACGGAAGAGUGCCGGAGAUGACGACGGACUCGGAAAUCUGGAAUCCUGAUGAGAUGGUCCAGGAUAAGAUCAGCAACGAGGAUUCCCAGGACACGUCAGCCGGAAGAGCUCAGGCGGCAGAGGCUGCGAGUUCGCAUUCAGAUGGAUCGCUGCCAGCGCCCUCACCCGUGCAGCCCGGCGAACCUGUCGCCCCGGCACCCGUGAUCGAGGACGAGGAAGAUGGAGAGGAGGUCGAGUUGGAGGUUGCAGCCUUCUGA